AAAAACUGCAUCAGGAAAGUAUUUCCUUGUCCGAUGUAUCAGCACCAUAUGAUUCAUUGUACAUUAAUGGCUUUUCCGUAAUUUGUCCAAAGAUACUACAAAACGUCACCGGGAGCUCUCCCUCUCGCGCUCGCGCGGAACCAGCCGUCCGUCCUUCUCGACGAACCUCUCCAUCUCAGACCUUGCAACCUAUUAUGGCUGCCCCUACAGAAAAUGUUGGGAACUCGCACCCACAGCAAAAACGAGGACACGACGAUGAUUCUGUUGGAGCUGGGGAAAAGCGGUGGCCUGGAUGGCCUGGGGAGUCUGUUUUUAGAAUAUUAGUGCCUGCUCAAAAGGUUGGUGGCAUCAUUGGCCGCAAAGGCGAGUUCAUUAAAAAAAUGUGUGAAGAGUCCAGAGCUCGCAUUAAGAUUCUUGAUGGUCCUCCAGGCACACCAGAAAGAGCUGUGAUGAUUUCGGCAAAGGAAGAACAGGAAGCUUCUACGCCUCCUGCUGUCGAUGGUCUGCUGAGGGUUCAUAAGCGCACGGUUGAUGGUUUAGAUAACGAUUCUGGUCAUGCUCCACCAGGCAGUUCUGUUUCAACACGAUUGCUAGUGGCCGCUUCACAAGCUGGAAGCCUGAUUGGAAGACAGGGAGCAUCCAUUAAAUCUAUCCAAGAUGCUUCUAAUUGUGUUGUCCGUGUUCUUGGACCAGAAGAUCUACCAGUAAUUGCCCUGCAAGAUGACAGAGUUGUCGAGAUACAAGGGGAGCCCACUGAUGUGCAUAAAGCGGUUGAACUCAUUGCAUCGCAUUUGAGGAAGUUCUUAGUUGAUCGCAGCGUACUUCCUCUAUUUGAAAUGCACAUGUCAACGCCACCAAAUCCGCAAAUGGAGCAGAACAUGCAUCAUCCUUCAUGGGGCCAUCCUCCCGGUUUUCCAAAUUCUGGUGGUUCUGGUUUUGGGGGUAAUCCUCAAUUCAUGCCUCCACGGCAACAUGAUAAUUAUUACCCACCACCUGACCUUCCUCCUCCAGACAGACAGCCUCGACAGGGUUUUCCUCCAUUUGGAAGAGACGUGCCACCCAUGGGGGUUCAUACCCCGACAAGCGCACAACUGCCGCAACCAAUCAUUACUCAGAUGACUCAGCAUAUGCAAAUUCCGCUAUCAUAUGCUGAUGCUGUAAUUGGCACAGCUGGUGCAAGUAUUAGCUAUAUUCGUCGUGCCAGUGGUGCAACCAUUACAAUACAAGAAUCGAGGGGUGCGCCGAGCGAAAUGACUGUUGAGAUAAAUGGAACUGCCACACAAGUCCAAACUGCUCAGCAAUUGAUACAGAAUUUCAUGGCUGAUGCUGCUGGAGGCUCACAGAAUCCAAUGGGCUCUGCCGAUCCAGGAUACAAUUCUUAUCAGACGCACAGCUCUGUGUAUGCUUCUCCCCCCUCUAAUGCUGGACCUGCCGGCCAUGCGGGUGGGCAUGUGGGCCAUGCAGGUGGAGGCUACGGUUCAGUCUACGGCACCAACUAUGGUUAUUAGGCAAAUGAAGACUGAAUCAGUUGGCCGAUAGAAACAAUGGUAAGUUUAGUGAAGACUACCCCUUACAUGAUAGGAUUGGGUUUUCUUCUUUGCAGAGGCAGUUUUAAUCCUAUAAACCAAGAUUCCUGGCCCUGGCCUCUGCUUUUUAAUUAAUGUUGUGUUGUUGGUUACUGUAACAUUAGGCAAACCUCAUGGUUUUAUAUUAUUAAUUAAGCUUGUCUUUUUUGUUCUUCUUUGUGUCAGUGCACCUGUAGCUGCGCUCUACUCUCUUACUUCACCCAGUCAUGUAAUGCUGCUGAUUCAUGUGUACCUGUAACUUUAUAUUGAUGUAUUUGCUUUCCAUGCA